AUCAGAUUGAGCGCUAUUUCUGGAUCAAUCCGUGCAUAUCUCGAACCCGUACGGCAUGUCGGGCGAUUCCUGCAGUAAAGGAAGAUGUCUACAUGCUUUUGGAUCAUAAGCAAGCGCAUGGCCUAGUCCACGAUGGAUGACCCAGCCGCCACUUCCAGACUUACGCCAGGGCGUUCCUGCGUCGCUUGUAGAAGGCGGAAGAUCAGGUGCGACCGAGAUCAGCCUUGUAGCUAUUGCACCAAACUCCACUUACAGUGCGUGUAUCCUGGUCCAGAUCAAGCAGGAAAGAAGCAACCGGAAACCCAAUUACUUUCGAGACUAGAACGCAUCGAGACAUCAUUGCUACGACUGGAGUCGAGGAUUGCCAACGUUCCCACCCCAGAGAUACCCGAGAGUACUCGACCCGACCCUUUCUCUCAUCAGGGAACGCCUUCUGGUACUCAGCUCACAGCCAAUUCAACCACUGGCAGAUUGGUCUCGGAGCAAGGGGACACCAGAUAUGUCACGAGCAGCUUUUGGGCUGACCUCGAUGAAGCCGACAAGGACGAGGCUGCUGCCCCUAACAACCCCUCGCUCGUAACAGAAUCGUCGCCUGCCAGACCUGCCCGCUCACAGCAGAAGUAUGGGCCCAUGUUUGGCUCAACGAUCCAUCUCGCAGAAUUGGUGCAAUUGCACCCUACGCAGAAUCAUGUCUUCAGUCUCUGGCAGGUCUUCCUGGAGAACGUUGACCCAGUCCUCAAGAUGGUUCACGUUCCGGUCACCCAACGACAAAUACUACGAGCUAGCCAGAAUCUUGCACAGAUCCCAUCUGCAUUCGAAAGUCUCAUGUUCUCGAUAUACUACUCUGCUGUUGCAAGCAUCCAAUGUUCAGCCUCUUGUCGGAAAUUAUUUCAGGAGGAACGCCAGACAUUGCUUGAUCGUUAUGAACUCGGGGUGGGGCAAGCACUUUCCAAAGCAGACUUCAUGAGCAGCCCGGAUGUCACCUCACUCCAGGCCUUGACGAUGUACCUGGUUUGUGCGCGCCACUCGGCUAACAAAACUUAUAUCUUCUCCAUGACCGGGCUUCUCAUCCGAUCAGCCAUGAAAUUGGGACUACACCGUGACCCGGUCGCUCUUGGACUUUCGCCAUUCUUGGCGGAGAUGCGACGCCGACUGUGGUGGCACAUUGUUAUACUUGACGUUCGGACAGCCGAAGACAACGACAUGGAUCCUCUCCUUUGUGAGCAUAUGUUUGAUACCAAGUUUCCUGCCAAUGUCAACGAUGCUGACUUGGACAUCAAUAUGACCGAGCCAGUCUCAGCCAUACGACAACGUACGGAGAUGACAUACACUUUGACACGUUUUGAGGGUAGCUACGCCGCGCGAAAGUUGGUGUUCUCAUCCAAAUUCAAUAAGGAUAAUGGCUAUCCCAAUCUUUCGUUGCCGCAAAAGAACGACUAUAUCGAGGCUCUGCUGAAGGACCUCGAAGAGAAAUAUUUGAGGUACUGCGACCGCAAAAUACCUAUCUGUUUCCUUACGGUGACAUCGAUACGUAUGGUCCUUGCUAAGGUCAAGCUUACUAUUUGUCAUCCAUCCCGUGACGGCUUAACAGGGCUGACUGGUGCCCGACUGCACGAUCUUGUACAAAGCAGCAUUGAGAUAAUCGAAUAUGCCCACACGCUACGAACAAGCGACAAAUACUCUCGAUGGGUCUGGCUCUUCCAAAAAUACAUUGAAUGGGAUGCGGUUGCAUUUCUUCUUCAUUGUCUCGGCUCCGCAGCAGUACCCGAUCUGGUCGAGAGAGCUUGGAAUGCCGUCGACACAUUCUUCAAGGCGUGGGAGGGUCAUGUUCCAGAGGGUGAACGGCGAUGGGGGAGAUUGCUGAACCUCAGAUCCAAAGCUGCCGCGAAACAAAGUCCAGAAAGCAUGACUACCAGCCACGUCGGUCCCAGUACUACAACAGCAGCAGUGCAUUGUAGCCAGAAUAAGGAUCCUACUGCUUCCACUCUCACAAGCAUGUCCAGAACAGCCGAUCCGCAAAGUGUUUCUAUGGCAGGCGCUCAAUGUAUCAUGCCUACCUCCCAAGCAUCUUUGCCGCAGGUAUUCGAUCCAAAUAUUGACGUUGAGUAUGGCGAGUGGAACUUUGACAACGUAUCCUACAUCAUGCAAGAGGCACCGAGUUGGGACAUGGAGCUUGAUGAAAACUCGUUCAACUCGUGGAUGUGAUGCGCAAGCAUUAUUUUCAUUGUUCUCUCACAGCUUCAUCCUGAUUGAAAUUAUUGACUUGCGGUCAAGCCAUAGCUGGGCGUAGCACACAACCUAUAUACUGUAGCACACAAUUCCAAGUCAAUGAUCUGGCC